UGCUAUUUUACUCAAAAGAUCUCAGCCCUAAAUUGAUUCCGUAUAAAAUAUACCUUUGUAUCUAUAUUGGACUCAUCUUUUUGCUGUAUAUUCUCUGCAUAUUGCUACUAUAUCAUUCUUUAGUCUGUAUUCUGCCAUGUCAUCAUUUCUUCAACGAAAAGUAGGAGAAGGAAACAUGUUCACUCUUUAUUUGUGUGGUUUCAUCGAGUUGGAUUGUAGAUGAAGAGCCUGGUGAUUUCAGGUUAUGUUUCUUGUCUUUCACAGGUUAAACGUGUAUCUCUAAGCGGAUCAAUUCGUUGUUUGGUUGAAAAUGAGUUGAAGAUUUCUUAGUUCAUGAUGUGUACAUGUUAGUGGCUUCAACGGAGCAACUCGCUAAUUCAGAUAGAUUAAAACAGGGUAUCAACCAAAUCCUGUCUAUAAUAGAGACAUACCAUCAACCAUGGAUGAACGGUCUGGUGUUAUUGGAAGAUAGAGAACAAAAUAAACAUUGUUUAUCGACAGGAUGUGAAAGCUUUGAUAUGUUACUCCAAGGUGGAUUGCAUGAGGGACAUGUAACGGAGUUAGUAGGACCGUCAUCAUCUGGAAAAACACAAGUUUGCUUUCAGUUUGCAUCAAAUGUGGCUAUGAAGUUGGGUGGUGUUGUCUUUCUUGACUCGGGAAACUCAUUUUCACCUACACGCAUGCAGCAAAUAGUUACUCAUAUAUCUGGUUCAGCUGAGAAUAAGAUCAAUGGAAUCCUUCAACAAGCAAUGAGAAACAUAGAAUGCCAUGCUGUUUUUGACGUUUAUGCCUUGCUGAAUGUUCUUCAUCAGCAAAAGUUGAAGUUGAAGUCUCAGACAGGAUACCAAGUACGAUUGAUAAUAGUUGAUUCAAUAUCAUCACUUAUUGCUCCAAUUUUAGGGGGCAGCAAUGCACAUGGACAUGCUUUGAUGGUUUCUGUUGGAUACUUGCUGAAGGAGUUGGCAGAUAGACACAACAUCGCCGUAGUGGUUACAAAUCAUAUGGUGGGAGGAGAAGGAGGUACUCUUAAGCCUGCUCUUGGGGAGAGUUGGAAAAACAUUCCACAUGUGCGGCUACAACUUUCUCAGGACCAUGCAAGGAACGUCUAUGCUGUGCAAAUACUUCGGCAUCCAUACAUGGCAUCUGGCAGAAAUGCAAACUUCAUGAUUCCAUGAUGAUUGGUAUGGGAAGAUUGCUGCAGCAAUAAGGCAAGUAAAUGUUUGACUUAAAACAUAGUAUUUGAAUGACCCUUUUUUGUUAUCAUCAUGUUAAAUCGAAAGAUUUUCUCAUUUUAAUCAGUUUUCAAAUCCAGAGAAAACAUCGUGCCCGAGUUUUCACUUAGGGAAUGUGUAACCUCGUGUUAUAUGGAUGUUGCUGCCACAUCGUCUGCUUUUUCACUCAUAACCUCUGCUUCUUCUCCAUCUCUGCCAUAUGCGGAGGUGGCAUUGAAAGUGAGGGUGAGAAAGGGUCAGCUAGCGGAUCCAAAUGCAACACUACUGGCACUUUCUGUGGUUAUAACACAAGUGGAUUGCAUUAAGGUCAUUAAACCGCUACCAAACAAUCAUGUAUAGUUGAUCAAAUAAGCUGUGAGUCACAUUAAACUCGUUAACAAGCCCUUACCCUUGGUGGUUUGAAUUGCUGCUUGUUGGUACAUCCCAUGUACAGGAGUGCAUUGGAACCACCAUGAAGGGAUGGCUGAUUGGCUUGCUGGUUUGACAAAUGGGUUGGGGUUUCAACCAGGGCCCUCUCCCUAGGGCUGUACGAGGAGUUGUUCGUGUUUGUUAACCGAACAAACAUGAACACAUGGAUCAAUGAUUUUUUUGUUCGUGUUUGUUUGUUAAGAAAAUAAGCUUGUUCGUUUUCUUUCAUGCUCGUUAAAAUGCUAAAUGAACAUAAGGGUGCGCUUGGUACAUUGUACAUAACAUAAUAGAAUAAGGAUC